AUGACUAGUUCGAAUUCGACUCCACAUAAAAAAAAUGGACAUUCAUUUUUAGUUACAUUAGGUUUAAAAAAGAGGAAGAGUUCAAAAUCCUUAAAGAAGCAUAACGAUAGCAUUACCUCAUCAAUUCAUGGUAACAAAAAUAUAUCACAUCGUGCAGCUACAUUUUCAUCAAAAAAUGAUGGAAAGAAACAAGAUAUUUAUUCUGAUAUUCCAAUAUUAGGUUUCCACAACAAUAAUAAUAGUAAAAAUUUACAAACAAUAUCAAAGAAUAAAAAUAAUGAUGAAUCAAAACUCAAAGUUCAAAAUUCAUCACAUUCUAGAAAUCAUAGCUAUAGUAGUGGAGUAAGUAUAUCUGAUAAAACUUCGCAAUUAAAUGGAUUUUAUAAUUUACCUUUAAAUUUUGGCCAAUCUUCACAAAAUAAUCAAAGCAAUCAUUGGAAUACAACAACUUCUACUUCAGUAAUUGCAGGAAUAACAACGACAACAACAAACACAAAUGGCAAUACAAAAGAUAAUAGUAGUUUGUUAAGUGCGACUAAUCAUAGUUUUAUUGCAUAUAGUCGAUAUUCUAUAUCAGAACCUAAUUUAUCAUUACAUUCAGUAGAGAAUAGUCCAUCAAAUAAACCACAAUUAUCAAGUGCUCAAGAAUUAUUGGACGCAGUCUUUAAAAGGAAUAAUGAUACUACUAAAAGCACUAAUCCGCAACAACAACAACAACAAGCGCAAGGUAUUGAAAAUCAAACAAAUAAUAGUAGCAGCAGUAAUAAUGAAAUUAAAAAGACUUCUCCAGGUAUACAUGAUCAAACUAUGAAAAAUGCAAAACAAUUGUUACAAACUUUUGAUACAUUAUUACAAAGUAGUAGUGCUAAAGAUACAAAUUCGAACAGCGCAAGUCAAGCACUCAUAAUAAAUGAGCCUCAACCAACAAGCCCUUCUAAUGAUAAGACUAAAAUCAAAUUUCUUGAUACUACACCUCAAAAGAGAACUUCGAAAUCAGAUGUGGAUCCAGAUGCUACAUUAACUACAACAAUAUCACAAUCUCGUCCAUCUGCAGAUAUCAGAAGGAUAUCCUUAGAUUUGGAACCCGAAGAAAAGAAGAAGAAAGCUAAAGUUAAGAGUGGUACGCCUAGUGGUAGCAAUGUUAUGAUUAAUGAAAAUAAUAAUAAUUCAGAUUCUUGCAUUCUUGGAUUAACGGCUCCAAAAAGAUCUUUUACUCCUUUAAACGUUAAGGAUAUACCAUCAAAUGCUUUGAAAUUAUCUCUCAAUACAGCAAGAGUAGGGAGUUCCUUAGUUACGGGAUCAUUCAGUAGAACGAGGGGGAAUUCGAUGUUUUCAGCUAGUCCUGUCUCCUCUAGAGUAACUGAGCCAGAUAUUGAAAAUUCUAAAAAAUGUUUACAAGGUAUCACAUAUGCACCUGAGAGUAAAAAUAAAGAGUUCCAUAGAUUGUUUAAAAGAGCACCAGAAGACGAGAGACUGAUAUCCGUGCAAAGUGCUGCGAUGUUUAAAGAUUUCAUGGUUCAAGGGAAAAUAUAUAUAUGUGAUAAUAACAUUUAUUUCUAUUCGAAUAUUUUAGGAUAUGUUACGACAUAUGUAAUUCCAUAUGAGGACAUCAUUGGCGUAGAAAAGAAAACGGUGGCAGGGAUAUUUCCAAAUGCCAUUGGUAUCGAUACCGAACAAGCAAAAUAUGUAUUUGCGUCUUUGAUAUCUAGAGAAAGUACAUGGACUUUAAUUAGAAAAAUUUGGCAUCAACAUAAGAGUAGAAAUAUGAAUCAAAGAGAUAGCAUUACAUCUUCCAAUCAGCAAGAGUCUGAGUCUAAUGAAGAGUUUAUAGAUGAUUCGGAAAUGGAAUUGGGUGAUGACGAAUUGUUAUCAGACAUAUCAUCAGGAGAUUCGGAAAGUAUUCUAGAGGAUGAUAAAAAUGCAAUAACGUCAUCACCGUCUACUACUGUAUCGGAACCUAUUGAUGAAAUCAAAAAGAGAAAUCCACCUGAAGAUGAUUCUAUUCCAAUUUUAGGCUUGAGCAAACAUGAACCAACUACUGCUUCUUUUACCCCAGAUUCUUCUGAUAAAAAUAUAUAUGACUCUACAAUCCCAGCCCCUUUGGGUAAAGUGAUUAAUAUUUUAUUUGGUGAAAAUACUACCUAUUUAGAGACCAUAUUAAAAGAACAAGGUAAUUAUGAUCUGUCUAAAAUUCCGACGGAUCUUAUUUCAACGAAAAACCGUGAUUAUUCUUAUACAAAACCUCUUUCUGGUUCAAUUGGUCCGAGUAAGACGAAAUGUUUGGUGAGUGAGAAACUCGACGUAUAUGACCUCGAUGGAUAUGUCCAAGUAACUCAAAUCACCAAAAAUCCCGAUGUACCAUCCGGUAACGCAUUUGUGUCUUGUACAACGUUUGUACUUUCGUGGGAUAAGAAUAAUUGUACUAGAAUGACUGUUUACGUUCGAGUAGAUUGGUCUGGUAAGAGUUGGAUUAAAGGUGCCAUAGAAAAGGGUACUGUCGAUGGUGUUACAACAGCCACUAAACGUUUGGCGGAUGAUAUAAUUAAAUUAGUCUCUCCUAAGGAGAAAAGACCUAAAAAAACAAAAAGAGGUACCUCUUUUGUUGGAAAAACUUUAUUAGCCCUACCAAACAUUGAACCAUACACACAUGUACCAACGGAGGCAGAUAUUAAGAAUGAAGGCAGUGAUAAAAUUAUUAAAGAAAAUUAUAUCUUUGAUUGUUCAUUAGGUACAACUUUCCAGUUAAUUUUUGGUAAAGAUACAUCUUACUUAAAACGUAUUCUUGCAAAGCAAAAUAAUAUCGAUAUCUCUGUUAUUCCGAAGUUUGAAGAUAAAAAACGUACAUAUUCCUAUGUGAAAUUAUUGAAUAAUUCAUUAGGUCCAAAACAGACCAAAUGUAGUAUUACAGAACAUAUUGAACAUAUGGACAUGGAAAAAUAUAUCUUGGUUAGACAGAUCUCAAAGACUCCAGAUGUUCCUUCAGGAAACAGUUUUACAGUUCAGACACGAUACUAUUUGAGUUGGGGCCCUAAUAACACUACAAAUAUGAAUGUUAUCACUAAUAUUGUGUGGACUGGUAGAUCAUUUUUGAAAAGUGCAAUUGAGAAGGGUUCUAUUGAUGGCCAAAAAGACACUGUUGAAAUAUUAAUUGAUGAAUUAAGCCAAAUUAUUGAAAAGGCCAAAAUUGGGACAAAAGGAACCAAGAAAAAGAAAAUUAAGGGGAAAAAGAGUAUAUCGAGGACAUCUACGAUGCCUGAAAUAUCACAACCAAAAAAGGUAGAAUCGUCUGGCAUUUUAAAUUUUAUCGUAAAAGCAUUUUCACCUUUAAUAGACCCCUUAUUCUCAGAUUUUGAUGCGACAUCUCCCCAAACAAUCGGUUCUCUUUUUAUUUCUUUCAUUUUGCUAUCAAGUCUCUUCAGAGCUAUAUUUGUCAACGAAAAGGACACUCACAAAAUAUCUAUAUUGAGACAAGGUAAACUAAUGAUAGAUGAAGAUAUUUAUAAUUAUACUCCAGCUUUAGAUACCUUGUAUAAACCAUACAGAGAAGAUAUUGGAAAUCAUGCAUCUAAAAACAAAAAUACAUCUUUUGGGGAGAAAUAUCAAAAUGUGGUAGAUUCCACUGAAGAAGGUAUUUGGGAAUGGAUAAAAGACCGUGGUAAUCCUAAAUCAUUGAAUCAUGUAACACCUCAUUUCGAUAAGACUGAUAUUAAAAAUCGGAAUUUGGAAGAACUACAAGAAACGAUUAAGAUAGCAAAUAUUCAAUUAGAAGAGAUGAGAAAGAGGGUCAACAUGUUGCAAGGAACGAAUUGA